AUGGAGAAAGAGGUAGCAACAGAGAAUCGGAACGAGUUAGACACCAGCAUCACACUGUUGGAAGAUUUGUCAUCUUCUAUUUCCGAAUUACAACUUGACGCGUCCAAUGGCAACGUUGGUGUUACUCUUGAUUCUAUUGGGAGUUCUUCUUCUGCUGAUGAUGACUGGGAAGCAAAAGCCGAUUGUGAACCCGACAAAUUACUGUCUCCGGUGUCCUCUGAAGUUUUAACUGGAGUGUCGAAUAUUAAAUUGGAGAAUACCAAGAAUCCAACCCCAAAGCGACGUGGAAGAGGAACAUUCUCUUAUGAUAAAGAUAAACUUUAUAGUGAUCGGUUACUUGAUGGUUCAAUUAUUGAUGAUGUUGAGGAUGAAGAAACUCGUUCUGGUUCAGAAGAUAAAAAAGGUACACCAAACUUACAAUAUGGGACCAGUCACGUUCUUGUGUUGUCUCACUUUUCACCAAGUACUAGAACAACAGACCUUGAGAAGGUUUUUGAUGACUUAAAAAAUUGUCAUUCUGUGAUUCGCUGGGUCAAUGAUACAGUUGCACUUGCAGUAUUUCGAACUCCUGCAGAGGCACUUGAGGCUCAAAGCAAUGCUCGAUGUUCAUUUAACAUGACAAUGAAGAUACUUGGUGAAGAAGAUGCACAUCUCAGUUCAAUUAAACCAAAUGACCUGAAACCACCUCAGCAAAGACAGAAAACCUCAGUCGUAGCAGCGCAGAGGAUGAUUGCUAACAGUAUGGGGAUAAAAUUGCCCUCCCCCAGCCGUGGUACAGGCUUUCGGCAACAUAAAAAGGAAGAAGAUAGUCGAAAGGAACGCAUUGUUAACAGGCAAAAAUUGAAAGAAGAUGCAUGGGGAGAGGAUUAA